AUGUCGAGCUUCGAGUCGGUUGUCGUCAUCGAUGGCAAGGGCCACCUUCUUGGCCGUCUGGCCAGCAUUGUGGCCAAGCAGCUGCUCAACGGACAGAAGAUUGUCAUUGUGCGCUGCGAGGCCCUGAACAUUUCCGGAGAGUUCUUCCGCGCCAAGCUCAAGUACCACUCCUACCUGCGUAAGAUGACGCGGUACAACCCGACUCGCGGUGGUCCGUUCCAUUUCCGGGCACCGUCGCGUAUCUUCUACAAGGCUGUCCGUGGUAUGAUCCCGCACAAGACGUCGCGUGGUGCUGCUGCCCUUGAGCGCCUCAAGGUCUUCGAGGGUGUCCCGCCCCCGUACGACAAGCAGAAGAAGGUGGUUGUCCCCCAGGCUCUGCGUGUCCUGAGACUGCAGCCUGGCCGGAAGUACUGUACCGUUGGCCGGUUGAGCCACGAGGUUGGCUGGAAGUACCAGGAUGUGGUUGCCAGACUCGAGGAGCGGAGAAAAGCGAAGGGUGCUGCCUACUACGAGCGCAAGAAGGUCGCUGCACGGCAACUUUCCGAGGCCAAGAAGAACGCCAAGGUCGACCCGAAGACGGCCAAGGCUCUGGAGGCCUUUGGAUACUAG